AUGCACGUGCGCGAGAUCGACCUCUUUCAGCUCGGCGUCACGGAAGUCGUCGGCGCGCAGGAGCAGUUUGCGGAGGCCCGGCGCAUGUACUUUCCCAACUUGGGAUCCGCCCUUGGCGCGCUGCUCGCGCGAGCGCUCCCCGUGUUUGGCCAGCCGGAGCACGGCUCAUCCUGGGCCCACGUGUACGUGGUCGGCGAGUUGCCAGAGGAAGAGCUGGGCACGGCGCGGCUCGGCCAGGGCACUCGGGCCGUCUCACCGCUCGCGGCGAUGCGCCAGGUGAGGGUGCUUCGAGAGGAGGACGGAACGGGCCGAUGGCUGCCGGCCCUGCGCGAGGGCCGGCACCACUCGGAGCAGCUGCCGCGCGAGCAGCGCCGCAAGCGGCCCCGCCCGUCCGACGUCGUGCGCGCCCCCCGGGGGCGCCGAUUUUUGGGGGCGUUUUUGACUGAUUUUCAUGAGGUGUUGCUACUAUUUUGGGACCAGUUGAAGCCUUAA